UCGUCAAAGAAGCGGCCCAAGGUAUACAUCUGCGAUUAUGAGAACUGCGAUAAAGCCUUCGAUCGUCCGGUGCGGCUCGAAGCCCACAAACGCACCCACACCAACGACCGCCCCUUUGUCUGCCAGGAGCCAGGCUGCACGAAGAGCUUCUUCAAAUCCGAACACCUCAAGGCUCAUCUGCAAAACAACCACAGCAGCGAAGCGAGUUACAUUUGCACCUACGUCAUCAGCACAAACGAUGAAGGCGAAGACUUUGAGUGUGGCAGGGCAUUCACCACCUCCACCCGGCUCAAGAGACAUGCGGCGACUCAUGAAAAAGCCGAAGAGCUGAAAUGCCAGGCAAUCGGCUGUGGACAGGUGUUUCGCAAGAUGGAAACGCUGCAGAGACAUAUCAAGAAGGACCAUCUGGGCGAAAAGGCGUACAGAUGUGAGAAGCUGGUGUACGAUGAGGCCUCUGGACUUGAAGAAGAGUGCGGCGAGACUUUCAUCUCCGUUGGGCAGCUCAACUCGCACGAGAAUCGAGAACACAACCGCAUGAAGCACUUUUGCUCCAUUUGCAGUCCGCCAGACGACCUCUCAUUGUCACCCGUGGCGUUCGCGACCUACCACGAGUAUCAAGCGCAUCUAAAGACCGUCCAUCCACCAACAUGUACCGUCUGCCAGCAAGCAUGUCCCUCGAAUCGUGCACUGGCCGCGCACAUGGAAAUCGAGCAUUCCUCCCUGGCCUCACGCAAAGAGAAAUUCAAAUGCACCUGGCCGGGCUGCGACCGCGGCUUCACCCGCAAGGGCAAUCUCAACGUCCACAUCCAAAGCACGCAUGUAAAGCAGAGAAAGUUUGUAUGCGGGCAGUUCGACUUGAGCAGCAGCGACAAAUGCCCCGGCUGGGAGAACGAAGCGGGCUGCGGCAUGGCGUGUACCAGCAAAGCGACGCUGGAGAGCCAUGUCAGGACGCAACACCUGGGUCUGGAGUCGACGAAUACAUCACGAAAGAAGAGCAGACAGAUGAAGAAGGAGUUGAAAUCUUCGUCUCUUAUGGACGUCGACGAGCCGGCUGAGCUGGAUGACACGGACGAUCCAGGAGCAACGGCUCUUGGCUUGCUCACUGGCCACAACUAUGCCGACACGCGUCCCAUCGCAUGCUGGUCGUCUUCCUGUCCCAUGCGCUUCAAACUCAAUUACGCCCUUGCGCAGCACAUGGAGCUCUCGCAUGGAUGGAACGUCGAUGACAUUAACGAUCGCCUGGCGGAGGAAGAGGCUCUCGGUGGCGGACAGUUCUGGAUCGGCGGAAUGGAUGAGAGU